CAAUUUUGACAUCUACCUAUGUCAGCCUGUCAUAAAUGCGUAGAUUUCUGAAAAUAGAUUUAUCUAUGUGGAAAAUGUCUUUAUCGACAUGAUUUCUUUGAGUAAUUUAUGUAAGUUUUGUAGAGCAAACAUAUUUUUACUAUCAACGUCUUGACAUGUUGGUAAAAUGACUUGAAAAUGAAGAACGGAUGUAACGAAAUAUUGGAGGCUAAAAUUGUUGAGAGAAAUGAACGUGCCAAAAAACUUUAUCGCUAUGUGACUGAUGUAGCGAGGCGUGUUGGUGAGCUAACAUCUGCAAGUCAGUCUAUAGUAGAGCUCUUUUCCAUCAAAAUUGAGGUCCAACGGCAGAAGCUUCGAGACUAUUGUGAAAAAUUGCUGUUUCUCGAUCCUUUGAAUUAUGGAAAAAAAACUUUAGAAUUGCUUUGGCGAAAAGUCUACUACGACACUAUUACUGCGGCCAAAAAGUUAAGGGAAUCUGUCAGCGAUAGUGAUAGUUUCCUCUACUCACAUAUAGAAUGUGGAAUCGGUCAUUUUAGUUCUCUCAUAGAGAGAAUCCAGACAGAAUUUACUAUAUCUUUUAAAGAGCAUGUUUAUGUAGCCAUCCAUGAUGAAGAAGAAGUUCAAGAAUUCAAAACAGCAACAGAUGAUGAGCUACAAUUUGGUAGAUCUGCCUUACAUUCAUGUUUCAUAUACUUAGGGGAUCUCAGUCGUUAUCAAGUUGAGAUUUUCCAAGCUGUUGACCCUUCCAUAGCUGCACGUUAUUAUCUUUUGGCUGCACAUAUUGAACUGAGUCUGGGAAUGCCUUACAAUCAACUUGGCAAUUUAUAUUUGGACAAAAAUUAUAAUUUAGAUUCUGUAUGCUACUAUAUACAAUGCUUAAAUUGUGCAUCUCCAUUUGAAGGGGCUAUGGGUAACUUGACAAAAAUAUUUGAAAAGAAUAUUCAAUUUGAUGAAACAUGUAAUGUAACAGAAACUUUAACUCAAACUGAACAUGUACAGAAUACCAUAGUCAAUUUUCUAUCUCUUAUUGAGAUUUGGUAUCUAGGGAAAAGUGACACAAACAUACCACAAAGGUGCAAUGCACUUGCACAUGAGUUUAAACUCUGUAUGGGUUUUAGUAAACCAUCAUUACCAGAUAUAAAUAAGAAUUACAAUGAUUACAUCCAAGCUAUUGAUGAAGAGAAUACCAACCCAACUUAUUUGAAUUCUAACAUUAUUCAAAAAAUUGUGCAAAUUUGCUUGUUUACUCAUGCAAAAAUGAUUGAAACUGAUGAAUCCAAAGCUUUUGCUUGUAAAGCUUUCACACUAGCCUUGUUGUCUCAACUUUUACAAAAGCUUUUGAAGCAGUUGAACUACAUUGGACUAAUAAAUCCAGCUUCAAAAUAUAUUAAACACUCAGCCAUUCAAGAAAAUGAGUCUGAUACAGUUAACAAGAAAAUUGAACAAGAUUUAGUACCAGAGAUAGAUGAUAAUAAAGUUAAUGGAGAUACAGAAACUCAAGAAAAUGACAUCACAAAACAAACUGAAACUGAAGGUGACCAUAAACACAGCACACAUAAUGGGGACACCAAGAACAACAUAAAGAGGACUCUAACGAAAAGGCGUCGAAGAAGACGUGUUGCUUCUUCGGAAAGCUCUGAUAUGAGUGAUGCUGAAACUGGCAGCAGUGAUAUUGACUCUAAUAACUCAGGUUCAGAUGAUGAAAAUUUAUCUGACUCUUCGUUCCAAUCUGAAGAUGAGAAACAAAGUGAGGAAUCUGAUAAUGAAAAAGAUGAUGAAGAUUUGUCUGAUAAAAAAGUGGAAAGUAAUGCCGUUCCCAAAACUGAUAGUAAGACCAAUGAGAAUGAAGGUGAUGCUUGCAACAAGAAUAGUACAGUCAAUAAUUACAAUCCCAAUAAAAGCAUGCAUGAACUGAAUGUAUCUGAACUACAGAACUUUCUACAGGGUGAUAACAUUCUAGCCAGCAUUAAAUUACUCCAAGACUGGGUUUUACUUGAAAAAGAUUUAAUUCUUUCAUGUGGGGACAGCGGAGAAUCACUUUUUCAGUGUGUUGUUGAUUUACUGAACAUUUUCACUUUCUACUUUAAUAUCAAAGGAAAUGAGGAAGAUGGAAAUAAAUGUCAUAUAUUGGUAUUUGCCAAAUCUAUGGCCCAAAAAUUAAAACUGGAAUAUAAAAAAAUACCAUUACCUGAAGAUAUAAAUUUACGGGGUACUAACAUUUGUAAGUUUGACAAAGAUGCUGCUGAAUGGCAAAUCUUAGAUAAAUACAAACUGACUGUGUAUGAAGAAAACAUCAUAAGAAUACUGAAUUUCAUUGACUUUGGUAAUCAAAUAGCAAAGAUUGUUCCUAGAAUUCGAUUUAACAGAUCAUUGAAAGUGUUUUACUUAAAAAAGAGCUCACUGCCAAAAUUGAACACCAAACUUAGCCACAAGAGAAGCCGCGAGUGGCAUAAUUCAAAGAAACAACAUGCGGAGUCCAGUGAGAGCGGUUUGUUGCGGCAGCUUGGACGACUGUGGCUGGCGUCACAAGUCCGCGAACUGGAACGCUCUGGCCAAUCGGCUACACCUGCUCUACUAGUCGUCGAUACGGCAGCACUCAACAAGCAUCUCCGUCGAGUGAAGCAACUAGUGCGCGCCCGAAAUUUCGUCUUACUGAUCCCUACCAUUGUGUUGCAGGAAUUGGACAAUUUGAAACGUGAACAGAGCACCGCUCGAGAUGCUAUACGUUGGCUGGAGCUUCAGUUAAGGAGCGGAUCAAGAUUUUUACGUGCACAACGUCCAGGCCAGACGAAGCCUCUCCCGCUAUUGAAAUAUCCUCGCAAAGCUCCUCCGCACAUCUACAAUUUCAUCCAGAUUUUAGAGUUCUGUAAUCACUUUAUUGCUGAUGAAAAACAUGGAAACGGGGAUUCCGAUAAUUCAUUGCAGGGUAAAUCGACACCUUUACUUAUUUUACUGGUUGGUGGUGAACCCGGCAGUGAUGAACAGUAUAAGGAGUUCAGUGUUACUGGAGCAGCUCAAUCAGCAGGGAUAACAGUAGAGCAGAUCGGUGAUUUCUACACCAAAUGGCGUCAAACUGUACACAAGAAUGGCAAAAAAAGAUGAACAGUUGUCAUUGGAUCGAGGUUUAGUCGGCAACAAAAGGAACAGCAAGUAAUGCUCUUCGGUUUCGAUAAAAGAUUUGCAUUGUCUCCCGUUGAGAACAGACACGUCCACGCGUCGUAAGGGCAAUGGCAAAAGUAUCGUAUAUUAAUAACGUCGUAAUUGAUAAGCCUGGUUUGUCGGGGAUUUACAGAUGGGUACAACGUUUACAGGCUAUUUUUGAUGUGUUUAAAUAACUGUCUAUUCUCAUAAUCAUUCAUUUUCCAUUAAAAAUGCAUACUCGUGGCAUAUUAAUUCAGGUCCAUUACAUUUUUAUUUUCGCCAAAAGUAUAAUAAAGACUUGGUAUUACGCCAAUUGUUACAUACUUUAUUGCUCCAUUAUCAUUCUUAUUUGAAAAUUUGUUUUUCAUUAUAAUAAACAUUCCCACUAUAUAAC